GGAGCCUCAAGACACGCCAAACAAGACGCGCCCCAACUGCCAUCCAUCCUACGUUAGAAACUCCCCUGCAAACCCAACAGUGCCGAAUUGCCUUGUUAUCGCCAGAUAGGAUUGAGUGUUUGCGACUGCCAAAAUGACUACGGUGCCGGUCAGCGACGUAAAGAGCUCGCAAGACCGCUCGUCCCGAACCGCGGCGCAUUCCCACAUCAAAGGCUUGGGUCUGUCGAGUGAUGGACGCGCCACUCCCUCAGCAGGUGGCUUUGUUGGCCAAGCUGCAGCUCGAGAGGCAUGCGGUCUAGUCGUCGACCUCGUCAAAGCGAAGAAGAUGUCAGGCCGAGCUGUAUUGCUCGCAGGAGGACCGGGAACAGGAAAAACCGCAUUGGCAUUGGCCGUGAGCCAGGAGUUGGGCACAAAGGUGCCGUUUUGCCCGAUUGUGGGAAGUGAGAUUUACUCUGCAGAGGUCAAGAAGACUGAAGCACUCAUGGAGAACUUUCGAAGAGCUAUUGGCCUACGCGUCAAGGAAACAAAGGAGGUCUACGAAGGCGAGGUGACAGAGCUCACGCCUGAAGAGGCUGAAAACCCGCUUGGAGGCUAUGGCCGCACGAUUUCCCACCUCCUCAUCACGCUCAAAUCUGCAAAGGGCACAAAGAAGCUGCGCCUCGACCCGUCCAUAUACGAGGCUAUCCAAAAGGAACGCGUCCGCCUGGGCGAUGUCAUCUACAUUGAAGCCAACACGGGCGCCGUCAAGCGCGUCGGCCGAUCAGACGCAUACGCAACCGAGUUCGACCUCGAAGCUGAGGAGUAUGUGCCCAUACCAAAGGGCGACGUGCACAAGAAGAAGGAGAUUGUCCAAGACGUUACGCUGCACGACUUGGAUGUUGCGAAUGCGCGACCCCAGGGCGGUCAAGAUAUCAUGAGCAUGAUGGGCCAGCUGAUGAAGCCCAAGAAGACUGAGAUCACGGAGAAACUACGGUUGGAAAUCAACAAGGUGGUUAAUAGGUAUAUCGACCAAGGAAUCGCCGACCUAGUCCCUGGUGUGCUGUUUAUUGAUGAGGUGCACAUGCUCGACCUUGAAGCCUUUACAUUCCUGAACCGCGCUCUUGAAUCGCCUCUUUCGCCCCUUGUCAUCCUCGCCUCGAAUCGCGGCAACACGCACAUUCGCGGCGGCACCAACCUUCCUCCCUCUGCACACGGCAUCCCGACAGAUUUGCUCGCGCGCCUCCUCAUCAUUCCAACCCACCCAUACGGUCCUGCAGAAAUCAAAUCCAUCAUCACCACGCGCGUCACGACGGAAAAACUCCACAUUUCCCCUGCAGCCAAAGACAAGGUUAGCGCGCUGGGAGAGAAGAUCAGUCUGCGCUAUGCGCUACAGUUGCUAGCACCUGCCAGUGUCUUGGCUGAGGUCAACGGACGCGAGAAUAAGCAAAUCGAAGUCGAUGAUGUAGAGGAGUGUCAGAACUUGUUCUUGGAUGCGCGGAGGAGUGCACAGGCGCUUGGAGAGACGGACGGUUACAUUUCGUAAGGUGUGCGGCAAUUUGUUUGUACGAUAGCCUGGCGUUUGGAUGUAGAGGGUUCGUGGGCGUGGGCGUUUUCAAACCCAUGGGAACGAGAUUAGCUUAUAUCAAAAGUUCAGACGUAAACA